AGAAAUGGUGUGUUGGGUGCCCUUGCCUCCAUUACUGCUUUAUUGUGUUUGUUAAAAAUCUUGCGACUGCAUUGGGUGCACCAUACUACUUGGCACCAAUAUGUCAUCUUUUAUGGAGCAUUCGCUGAGUGUGUUAUUGGGUCUGUACAUUGGGUAAUGGGACGCCUUCUACAAUUAGAUUUUGUGCUUCAGUAUCUUCAGUUAGUUCAGUUUCUUGUACUAUGCCAUUGGUACUGGGCCUUAGCUAGUCGUGCUCUACGGAAAGAAACACUUUUAAGAAGAUGCCUUGUUCCACUUCUUGCACUGUUGGGCAUCUAUUUCACAGUCAUUGCUAUAUUAGGUAUCAUCCAUAUUCAACCUUCCUGGACUGAAUGCAUGCAACCCUACUGGCUGGAACUAUCUGUAGUCACAGUACUGUUUGUCCAGCUACUUGUAGUUUCUGGUAUUUUCAUCACACGCAGAUUAAAUGAAAUCAGCACUUUGGAUUCAUUAAGGUGGUCACAGAAAAGAGACCUCUGGUGUUUAAUUGCAGUUUUUGAAACUUCUGCUUGUGUUACACUGUUUUAUGACUUGGCUGUUCAGAUCUUGGGUGACAACCAAUCUGGAUGCAGUGGUGUGUUUCUUCACACUCAAGAACUUUUUUCUCCAAUAUUUCUAUCUUUCAUGGUCCUUAAGCUGCUCUUACCAAUAUGGGUAAUGAUGUUUGUAUUCCAUCCGUUGCCUCCUGCUGGUGAUCAAGAAGAUUUGAUUCCUGCUUUCAGUGAAGAUGGAGCAUACUCUUCAACAUUUAGUGCAAGUACUGAGGACCAACAAUACAGACAACUCUACUAUCCUGCUGAGGAUUACCGAAGUGUAGACACACAAGUGAGUGUUGCACCUGGAGGUCACCUGACUGGAGCUGUUGGCACCAACAUUAAAAUCACUCAUUCAGCAGCCACUAACGUUGCAGCCAAUAGCAACUAUUUCAAGCAGACAUCUUUGGCUCCAAUUAGAGAAGAAAGUGGUUCUGUUUCUGUUGGCUCACUCACUGCCACUCAGAGUCAUUCAAUCAAUAAUGCUCCUGGUGUUCAGUUACAGGCUCCACUACCUUCUCAGCAACAAGACAUGCAAGCUCCACCACAGAUCCAGCAACAGAAUAUUCGGCAGCAGCAACUACAAAAGCAGCAGCAGCAGCAACAGCAACGUCGAGACAAGGCAUUUGUGUGAGCUGUUAUGUUCACAUGUGAAUUAGGAAAGAAAGAUGCUAAGAGAAAAAUUAGCUUUGCAUACUACUAGAAAUAUAAAUUAAAAUUGCUAAUUUUUCUUCUAUUAGUAAUUACAGUUAUAAUGAUGAUGACAUCUACAAGAAAGACAUCUCAACAUUCUUUAUUAUCUUUAGUAUUCCUGCAUUAUAAAUUCUGCAGAUUAAUUCCUACUCAUUUGGAAACAUGCCCUAAACAUAAUCUAUUCAGAUAUUAUCAUAGCUGCAUAUCUGGAUCAUUGCAAAGGAAUCCCAGUAUUGACUGUAGGACUUCUGUUUAUUCCACUGUUAUAUGGAAAAACUAUACUGCACAUUUAUCCAGUGACUAUUGCUUGAGACAUUGGAGAAAAAGAAUCUGCUUGUAUGCAUACAGUAUGUGAAAUAUGUAUGGCUUGUAGCAAUAAGUCAUACCUGUGUGCGUGCCUGUGUGUGAGAGAGAGUGAGCAUGUAUUUAUAUGUAAAUUAUGAUGUCUUGGUGGUUGUAACCACAAUUCUGUAAAAUAUAAACUGCACAUUCCCCACAUUUCUCAGUUGAAAAGGUUUCCUUUCUGUAUAAUAAUAUAUUAUCUUGAGUGGAACCUUUUCUAGCUUUGAUAUGUAUGCAAGCAACUUUAAACUUGAUUCCAAAGUUUUUACUAAAUGUCAAGUGUAUACUGCAUGUGCCAUGUUUUCAUUUCAGGACAUCCUUUUGUAUGCAGUUGAUUGAUGAAUCUGUACAGAAGUUCUGAUUUAAAAGGAAAACACUAAAGGCAUGUUCUAGUUUCACUGGUAUUCAGCUUUAUUAUAGCUGAUACAUUCCACACCAAUUAUUCACAUAUAUUUAUUCAGACAGAACAAAAAUAUCAUUGAAUUUUACAAUUCACUUUUUUAAAUGAUAUGUUUAUAUUUAAUGUUUUUCAAACUUUAUUAUUUGUAUAUGUGUAUAGACAUGAAGUGAUAUUACUGCUAUAACAAUAUCUUUAAUUUAUGCAUCACUCAAUCAAAGAAGGUUUCCAAACAAUUAAAAAUGCUAACUUUAGUGGUCAUUUAUCUCAUAUCUAGUAGCAUAUAUAUAAUAUCUUAUUUUAAUGUACAUUAUUGCCAAAUAUAUUGUCUGAGAGAUUAAAACAAAGUUAGAUGUUUCUAUUUUGAAAUAGGAUGACAAGUAUUUAUUUGGACAUUUAUCUUGGAGGUAACAAAACUAGUGACAUUAUGUUGAAAGUCAGCAAGUCCUCACUACAACUCUCUUAUUCGUACAAACAUUUGAAACUUU